AUGACAGCUUGCCACCACGACAAAAAUCUACUUAAAGGUGUAGUAAAGCCUGCAAUAGACGAAUCGUCCUUCAAUCAGCUAUGUGAAGAGUAUAACUCUCGUGGAAAGCUAUUAGGUGAUUUGAAGGGAAAUAAGUUACUCAGGAAGUUCUGCGAAGAAUACGAAAAAAUUAUGGCAGCUCUCCAAAAGUCUCAUGAAAAUGAGAAAAAGCUAAUGAGAAAGUGUCGGGAGUUGAAGGCCGACAUUUUGUCUAAUUCCGUGCGCUUGGAUCACGUGGAAAAGAUAUCCAGUGAAAAUCCUGCCAAUCUUUCUGCGCUUAAGAAGGAGUUAGAAAGCGCUUGGACACUUGUUGAAGGCGCCACUGGCAAGGAAAAUCAAGCUCGGGAACGCAUUAAACGCCUGAAAGAAGAAAUAGCUACCCUCAGUAAUAUUAUUGAGAAGGGGGGGUCAGGAGAGGUUGGAGCUGAUGCAAUAGCAGAGCUCUCCAAAAAUUUAGAGAAGUUAACUAAGGAGAAAUCUGAGCAGGCUGUUGAAAAUGCAAAACUGCGAGAGCAAAUUGAUUCAACCAAAGAACAAAUUAACGGGCUGCAGGAGGAAAUCUUCACCGCUCAACAAAAAAUUGCAGAGCUGGGUCGGGACAUUCAAGAGAAAGCCAGUGAAGCUCAGAGAGAGCUGAGAAAGAAGGAGAAGAUGGAGCGAGAAAUGAACGAUGUGGGCGAGGAGGUCGAGCUGAAACACGCGCAGAUUCGGUCCAUCAGCGAAGUUAUUGAAAAACUACAAGAGGAGCUCAAGGUUAGGCAGGAGGAGAACCGGACUCUGAGGAUCUCCUACGAGCAGAUGAAUAGGAAGCUUCAACUGGCUGAAGCGAAACUCGCCGAUGCACAGUCAAAAUUGGACGCCCAAGUGGCUCUCACCGAGAGCAUUCGAGCGGAAAAUGCGAGCCGGUCGGUAGAGGUUAAGCAAAAAGAGGAAGAAGUUGAAGCCAUUAGAGCGGAGAACGCCAAGUUGGUUAGACAGAACGAGGCAGCUAGUAGACGAAUUCGUAGCAUUGAGGAGAAGAAGCAAGAACUGGAGCGGACACGAGAUCGGCUGCGUGAAAAUAUCGCUGCAAUCGAUCGCGAUCUGGAGGCUACACGAAAGACCAUGGAUAAUGAUCGAAAAGCUUGUGAGGAGCUGACUAGAGAAAGAGAUGCUCUGUCCAAAUCUCUCUUUAAGGUUCGUGGACAGGCUGCAAAACAGACGAAUCUGUUACGACUACACGAGCAGUCAAAACAGAAUCUCGAGCGCGAGAUUACCAAUUACAACCAAGAAGCGAUAACCCAACGCAAAAUUAUCAAUGUACUGGAGAACGAACGCGAUCACUACCUUCGAGAGGCUUCAAGUUAUACUCAGAAGGUGCUCAAUCUGAUGGAAGAGGUGAAGUUCCGUGAGAUGCAAAUCUUCGACUUUAGGAAGAAAAUUGCCGAGGCCCAGACGAAGUUGAAACAGCAGGAGAAUCUUUAUGAGGCGAUAAAAAGUGAUAGAAACCUCUACUCAAAAAAUCUUAUCGAAGCGCAGGAUGAGAUAAGUGGGAUGAAGCGUAAACUCCACCUCAUGGCGCAUCGUAUAUCACAACUGAAAGAGGAGAUUGCAAACACGGACGCAAUGAUGGUACAAGAGACGGCGGAGUGCGUGAGGAUGACUCGAGAACGAGAUAAUAUGCAAAAGGAGUUGCAGAGGAUGAAGAAUAUGGCGAUAGAGAAUAGAUCCAUAAUGGAGAGCCAGGAGGCGGAAGAACGGAAGCUUCUCAAGGUCAUUGCACAGGCGGAGUUCGAACGAACGAAGCACAGAAAAGAGUUGGAUCAGGUGAUCAGCGAGAAAGACAUUUUGGGCAUCCAAUUAGUACGACGUAAUGAUGAUUUGGCGAAUCUCUACGAGAAGAUCCGUAUCCAGAAGUCGGUGCUGGAUAAGGGGGAAGCGCAGUUCAACAAGGUUCUGGGGGAUCUGCGAAGAGUCCGCGAAGAGAUCUGCGCGACCCGUAGAGAAAAGGCCAUGCUGCAAGCGAACGCAACAAAGAUGGACGAGCUCAAGCGCGAAGUGAUCAAGGCUAGAAAGGAGCUGAGUAGGGAGCAGGUUCGGUGCAAAGCUCUGGAGGAUGAACUCAAAAAACCCAUCAACGUACAUCGAUGGCGAAAGCUGGAGGGUAGCGACCCUUCCUCCUUUGAGAUGAUCAAGAAGAUUCACUCAUUACAGAAGCGUUUGAUAGGAAAGACGGAGGAAGUCCUGGAGAAGGAGAUUCAAAUUCAAAAGAAAGAACGCCUCUACGUGGAACUGAAGCAGGUCCUUGCCCGCCAACCCGGUCCCGAGAUAGCCGAGCAGCUUGCCAUUUACGAAAAUAGUUUACGGGAGAAAUUAGCUGCUAUGAAGAUAAUGACAGCACAAAUGGAGAAGCACGAUGCCAGCAUAAAGGACUACAAACUCCAAAUGGAAAAGCUUGACAACGAAUUGCUAGAUACUAAGAAAGCGUACUUUGAGAAGCGACGCCUUAAGGAGGGAAGCAGAGCAAGGACUAAAUUCGAGACUCCGGAGGUAAUUGUGGAGAAGGCAUCAGAAAUAAGUGCUCAGUCGGAGUCAGAAGAAGAGGAACAGGAGAAAUUGGACGACAAAAACCUAGAAAGGGGUCAAGAUAAUCUGGGAGAGGCUAAUCUAAAAGGAGGGGGCCAAGACCAAAGUAGUCCGGGAGAAGAGGAGAGUGAUAAUCAGGAAAAGGAGCAGGAUGAAUUGGAAGAAAAAGAGAAGGAGGGCUUCAAGGAGGAAUAUUCCUAA